UAUGACAGCUCAACAAAUGUCACUGACACUCGUGUCACUGCGUCUCACUUUAAAGACUAUGUCAUACAAUAGCUUGUAACAUUUUCCACUGUACAUAGGUUCAUACAAAUUCGGACAAUUACAGAAUUUUACGAAACGAGACAAAUUCAGUAAAAUGUCAGGCGAGACUAAUAUUUUCAACGACAAUGUUGUACAAUUGCCACAAGAUCUCGGAGACGAUGUUGUCCAGGAAGUUUUGAAGACUGGCACGGAUUUGCGACAAUAUUCCAGGCAGAUCGAGAAAGAAUUAAAGGAAGUCGAGAAUAAAUCUAUUCAGGAUUAUAUAAAGGAAAGCGAAAAUAUAGCGAGCCUUCAUAAUCAAAUCGCUGCGUGCGACAACAUCUUAGAGAAAAUGGAGUUGAUGUUGAUGAGUUUCCAGUUAGAUCUAGGGAGCAUAAGUUCAGAGAUACUUUUUCUACAACGUAAAUCAAUAGCAAUGAGCCAACAGCUAUCCAAUAGACAAAUAAUCAGAGGUCCCCUUAGCCAGUUCAUUGAAGACAUGACAGUCUCAGAAGCUCUCAUUGCGGGGAUUAUGGAUUAUCCCGUAACAGAGAAGGAAUUUUUAACCCAGCUGCAGACACUGAAUCACAAAAUCAAUUUUGUGAAAGAACAAACUUUCAAAGAAGCGAAAUCAUGCUUAGAUGUAAAAGAUAUACUAGAAAAAUUGAAAGUGAAAGCGAUGGCAAAAAUCAGAACAUAUCUUUUAGAACAGAUUUACAAAUUCAGAAAGCCAAUGACGAAUUACCAAGUGCCCCAAAACAAUAUGUUGAAGUACAAAUUUUUCUUCGAGUUCAUUUUAGCAAAUGAAAGAAAUGUAGCUGAAGAGAUUUGUGGGGAAUAUGUUAGCACGAUGAGUAAGAUAUAUUUUUCUUAUUUCAAAUCUUACUCUUCGAGGCUAAUGAAAUUGCAGUUCGAGGAAGGUGCUACCAAAGACGAUCUGAUGGGAGUUGAAGACACUGUGGGAAGAGGUAUUUUUCAUAAGACUACAUUGAAGAAUAGGGGCACUGUGUUUUCUAUUGGCAAUAGAGGAGAUGUUUUAACUUCGCAGCUGGAAGCACCUAUUAUCGUACCUCACACUGCAUCUAAAACAAAAUAUCAUUACGAAGCCUUGUUUCGCAGCGAACAGUAUGCUCUUGUAGAUAAUGCUUGUCGAGAGUAUUUGUUUUUGACUGAAUUUUUUAAAGUACGUGGGACACAAGCUAUGGAUAUUUUCAACCAGGUAAUGGCAAAGACGUUGAAUCUGAUGGUGAAAAACCUGCAAUCUUUUGUGGACGACUGCUAUGAUACUAUCGCUUUAUUUCUUUGCUUACACUUGGUAAUGCGUUACCAAUUAACCUGCCACAAAAGAGCAGUGCCAGCAUUGGAUAAGUAUUGGGAUAAUAUGAACUCAGUCAUUUGGCCUAGGUUUGAAUAUGUUUUUCAAUUGAAUAUUCAAAGCAUAAAGGACUGCGAUCCACUGAAACUAAACAAGGAAACUGGACCACAUUAUAUUACACGUAGGUAUGCUGAGUUUAGUGCUGCGAUGAUCAGUGUAGUGGAAGGAUUCCCCUGCGAAGGUGCAAUACAGCUAUUAGCUGAACUAAGAGAAGCUGUUCAAUGCUUUUUAUUAAGAAUGGCAACCAUAUUUCCCAAUAGAAUCGAGCAGCUAGUUUUCCUCAUCAAUAACUAUGAUUUAGUUCUUGGUGUACUCAUGGAAAGGACACGAGACAAUUCAAAGGAAGCAGAAAGCUUCCGAGACCAAUUAAACGCUCGUUCUGCAGAGUAUGUUGAGGAAGUUUUGAAUCCAUACUUUGGUGGAAUAAUACAGUUAGUGAAAGAGUCUGAGGUGUUAAUUGAGAAAGGCCAGACGGAGGAUUUGAAGAAACAGGAGGGAAAAGCGUUGGGUCUUGUUCAAUCGUUUACCAAUAAUUGGAAACGAGCAUUGGAAGAAAUUAAUAGGGAAGUACUGAACUCGUUUCCCAGUUUGGUGCUUGGAACAGCACUGGUACAGCGUGCAAUGACACAAUUGGUACAAUACUAUCACAGAUUUCACAAUACCUUGCCGCUGAACGCGCGAACGCAGCUAACAAACAUUCAUCACAUAAAGGUAGAAAUUAAGAAAUACAAUGCGAACAACAUUUUAAACGUUGUUAGCCCAAAGUAGAUUAUAAAUGGAUGAAAAUAAAGUUUUAUUAAAAAUUAUAUUGCAAUAGAGAAAGAAAUAAUUGUAUAAUUUAUACUCAGUAAUUUAUGUUUCUUGUCUGCAUUGGUUUGUAUCAAAACACUUUCCACACUGACCCCUAGUUUUCAUCGUACACAUUUUGAAGCUACGAAUAAAGUUAAAAAUUAUAUUUGAAAAGACGUCAACAUUUUUAAGGAUAACCUAGCUUUCAUCGUACACAUUUUUAACAUGUGAACUAAAGAAUCCAAUUUAUCAUAAGGUUAUGAGACUUAUAAUAAGUAUGAAUGAGGUAAAAAUAGAGUACGCUGUGUGUUGUAUGAUUAAGAUUUUCUCAAAGAUGUAUGGAAGUAGAUAUGGACAUGAAUAUACAUAGAAAAAUAUAUUGCGUAUUUAUUUAAUGUGUACUGAACACCAGGGCUGUCGGAAAACUCGAAUAUUCGAGCUGCUCGCGAACCGAAUAUGUUUUAACCUUUAGAGGAACGUUUAACGAAUGAAGAUAGAAUCAAAUUAUAAUGCGUAUUAGAUGCAA